AUCCUACGCUAAUGACUACACUUCCCAUGAUGCCGCGCGCAGCAGCUCCAUGUGGAAAUGUCUGGAGAACGUGCGUGUACAUGACAUGAGUCUGUAGAGGUAUGGAGCGCUGCGCGGACUAUCCUUAAACACACAGCAGACCUUCAAGAGGUGAAUGUCCUGUAGGUGGCGCUCUGUAGGUGGGGGAGGUGAUGCAGCGGAUGUGGGCUCCAGUCACACUGCGGCGUGUGGUCCUGCUGCGCUCUGCGUACCUGGGUCACACCUGGGCUGCACGUGAGGUUCCUGUGACCGUCCAGACCUCACGCUGCUUCAGUUGCACUAAUGUCAUCAGGACGAAGCAGGGCCUCAAAACAUCCACAGAGGAAGAAACGCCAUUAAAUCCUCCGCAGAGUCUAGCAGGGACUGAGGGUCUGUAUAAGCCUGAUGCAGGGUCUGAACUUCAGAGUAAGGGUGAUGUCGACCCUCUGCAGGACAAAUCUAUCGGGCUCUUCCAGAGGUUUAAAAAGACGUUUAAACAGUAUGGUAAAGUCAUGGUGCCUGUGCACAUCGUCACGUCCACAGUGUGGUUUGGGAGCUUCUAUUAUGCUGCAAUGAAAGGGGUGAAUCUGGUCCCGUUUCUGGAGUUCAUCGGUUUACCGGAUUGGAUGGUGGGAAUUUUGCGAGAUUCCCAGGGUGGCUAUGCACUCACAGCCUAUGCCAUGUAUAAGCUCGCUACUCCUGCCCGAUACACUGUUACACUGGGCGGCACGUCCCUGUCUGUACAGUACCUCCGCAAACACGGAUACCUCUCCACCCCUCCGCCUGUUAAAGGCUACCUGCAAGACAAAAUGGAGGAAACCAGGGAGCUACUGACAGAAAAAAUGGAGGAGACGAAAGAGAGGUUCUCAGAAAAGAUGGAGGAAACCAAAGAACUGCUCUCGGAACGAAUGGAGGAGACUAAAGAGCGAUUCUCUGAAACGAAAGACAAAUUUUCAGAGAAACUGCAGGAGACGAAAGACAAAAUGUCUUUCCGUAAGAAAGCCGACUAGGCUGCAUGGCUUGCAGUGGUCGAAUCAAGCUGUCAACUAAGGGAAAAGGAAAAAAAAACUAAGCGUAUUGAGGAAUGUUUCACAUGAUCAAUAAUUACUCACAAUGUCACAAAGUGUUUGGUGUUUACUUAAAGGCACAGUUCAACCAAAAAUGACUUUUCAACCAAAAAAAAAUGUUUAUGUCCAUAUAAGGAAACAGUGGAGUUCAAAACAAUUGACUUUCAUUGUAUUGACAAAGACAUUUUUCCAAAAAACUCUUUUGUGUUCAUAUGGGUUUGGAACAACAUGAGGGUGAGUAAAUGAUGACAGAAUUUACAUUUUUUGGUGAACUAUCCCUUUAAGGUAUUGAAUGUUCACACACAAGCUCUGGUUUCCAUACACUUGAAUCUACAAGUUGAGUCUUUGGAGAGAAACAAACUUGAACUAGCAAUAAUACUAUAAUUAUAUUACUGAAUUAAGCCAAAAUCAUAUUUGUGUGAGUUUAUUUUAGUUUAAUUGUUUUAAGGUAAGAGUACUGAAAAUAUUUCUGCUUGAUAACCAAGUGAUAAUUAACAUCAAUAUCUAUAUUUAAUGAUUUUCUUUUGUUUUAUCAUGUAUGUGUUUGUGUGCAUAUUGCCUACACAGCAAUCUGGACUGUGGAAUGUCUUGAAUUGCACUUAGUGUUUAUGGAGUAUCUGGACUGCUUAAGUCAGUGGGUAAUAAAGACAAUUAAUAACCCA